AUGUUGACAUUCCGCAAAGGGACAGAAGGAAAUCCAGACUCGCCCCUUGAGCAUCUGGAGCCGAGAGCAUUCAAGGAGGCAGAAAAUUUAUGGAUCAAAGGUAAGAAUCUGGGCUAUAACCUGCAUCCGUUUAAAUAAUGCGCAGUGCAAGAAAUAUUAAAGACAAAGGUCAACCAAGUAGAGCAUAUCGCUUAAACUGUCAGCUUGACUUUCUAAAGCAAAAACACCUUGUAGCAAUUCCCCCCUCCUCCUUACAAAGUCCCUGCUGAUUUAUUAUGAGGCCUAAUGUUAUUUUGUUACCUGAGAAACUCAAAGGGGAUUUAAUUUAUGAGGCCCGAAGGAGGACAGAAUCUUUUUGUGCAUGGAGUAAAAUAUUCCCACUUGCCUGAUAAUAUACUGAACCAUGAUAAAUUUAUUAGAGCCCCGCCAUUUUCAAUUCAAAAUGAAAACCUCAACAAAUACCAUACAUCACAGGUUGGUUUACCCUACAGUCAUAUUUCUCUGUGCUUAAAUGUAAUAUAAUGGAAUAGGCACCCAUUAAUCCCUACUGACAAUCCCAAAUAGAAUUUUUCAAGGACUCCGCAGCACAGAUAGAGAAAGAAGAGGGAUAGAACGUAACCCCCAGGUCUGCCACUUGGGUCAUCAUUCAAAUAUAAUUAAUUUUCACCUGUUUAUACCAUGGGGGGAAAGGAAGAGCCUUCAUAGAAGGAGGUGUCUACUUUCUUAUCAACUUAUUGAAGAACAAGAUUCUGUAGCACAACACUGUUUCAAUGUAAUGAACUUCAACCCUUUCAGCUAUUUUUACUACUAUCACUAGAUACCAGACCAUGCCAUACCAGGUGACAGCGGAAUGGUGAAGGAAUUUGGUUCAGUUCACAUUUAGAAACAAACCUACCUAAUUCAUAUCAUGAAGUAGUGAUCCUGUGAGCAAGUACUGCUGGGUGGGGCCCCUCAGGCAGGUGGUAAUAAUUAGUCCCCAAAGUGGGAGCAUGAGAUGCGUCUGGCUGGUUGCCAGCAUUCCCCAACCCCUAUCAAUCUUCGAGUUAACCUGCCAGGGAAGGGAGAGAACACACCUAUUUUAGAGUUGCUGUUUGAUGUUCUGUGGCUGGUGCCAGAGAAGAAGCCAAUAAGGCUUGGUCACCCAUUCCAUGCCUGCGUGUGAUUGAUUAGCAGGUUGGAGGGAGGCUCUGGAAAACGACCCCCUUCUUGACAUGGCGGCAGUAGUGGAAUAAUGGAAUCAUUUUGCAAAAGUGGGUACAAUAAUCAGUAACAGUUACAAUACUGCCAGAUUUUGUGGCUUGUGGAAUUGGGUCAAUAACAUCUAUUCCAAUUUUAGUGAAUGGUUCCCCAAUGAUCUCACUGGGUUGUAACGGAAAACGCUUAUGAUCUCCACCAUGUCCCAUUCAUUGGCACACAUCACAAGACCUAACAUCUGACUUAACAUCUUGAAACACAUUAGGCUAAUAAAAUUCUCUAGCGACCUUUUCUAAUGUACGCUUAAACCCCAAAAGGCAGCUUCAUGAGCCAGAUGUAAAACAGUCUUUCUAUAUGUCUGGGUCACUACCAACCGUCUUCUUGGCUCACAUUCUGGGGCAGAUUUCUUUGGAAAGAAUUGUCUAAAAAGCAACCUUCUUCCCAGAUGAGACUAACUCUUGGUUCCGUGCCAGCCCUAGGGAUCCCAUGCGCUUCUACAUACUUCUAAAGUUGGGUCCUUAAGCAGUUCUUUCUUAAAGUCAUUAUCAUGAAGGGGUGAAGGAGUGUAUUCUCACCAGACUUUGCCAAAGAAAUUUCCGCUGACUCACAAACUUCAUCAAACUGAUUUACAUUUCCAGUGACAGGCUCCUCAACACAUUGGCUAGACGAUUAACCAAAAGCUAACCCUUUAGGAGACAGCUCUUUUUGCUGGCGGCAGAUUCAAACAGGAGUUUUGGAGCUUCAGCACCUUGAGUAUGAAUGGGAAGUGGCUGUUUAGAAGGCUCCUUUCUAAAACGAUAUGCAAACUGAAAUAGCAGCUUUGGAAAGUCAUACUUCACACUACUCUGAAUUUUACAGUUCAGUUCUCCAGCCAAGUAGAGUGUACAAUAAUGCACAUACUAGGGUAAAGUGUGCAUGCAAACUAUGAGUGAAAACAACAGAGAAAAUGCAGGAAAUUGCUUUGCAAAUGUUUGUAUAUUAAGCAAAAGUGCACACAAAUGUGCAUAUGAGGAGAAAUUUGCAAUAGGAUGCUGAUGAAUUUUCAUGAGUAUAUUUACUUCCAAGUUCACUGCACAAUAUUGUAGUAUUAUCGUGUGUGUGUGUGUGUAUAUAUCUUAAUUAAACUUCAUUAAAAAGAUCUUGAAAGAAAAAUACAAUUGUUUCAUUCCAAGACCUCACUGUAUGCAAAGGAUGUUUUGGAUGAAAACAUUUAAAGGAAGCAGAGAGGUUUUUUCAAUGCAAGGAUGAAUUCAUUUUUCUGUUGAUCUGCCAUUAUUGAACAGAGCAUCUUUGAAGCGGCAAACAAACAACUCAAUUUGUAAUAAAGGCAGCCUAGAGGACCAUAAGCCCACUACUACUGCUAAAGCAGCUCUCUUUGCUGGAAUCAUAGAAUUGUAGCAUUGGAAAGGAUGCCAAGGAUCUUCUGGUCCUGCCCCUGCAAUGCAGGAAUACACAGCUGUCCCAUACGGGGAGCGAAUCUGCAACCUUGCAUUAUCAGCACCACACUCUAACUAACUGAGCUGCCCAAUUUCAGGCUGGUUCUGGGAUGGGUAAAGUUGGAACAUACUGAUGAACACGUGUGACAAGUCUUGGCCAUCCCACUCCCUCCAGGAAGAAGCCAAAUGAGUAUGGUUGAUACUUUAUUACCAGCCUUGCUAACAAGUGAAGCUUUCCCAGACAAUAGGAAUCCAUGGCCCUGCUAGAUAACAGCAAAGGCCCAUCUAUGGUGAAAUCCUUUUUUAUUUUGAAAAGUAUAAACAACAGCAAACUACAAUUCAGAAUCCGAAUAUCGAGAUUACUCUGAAUCUCCUGAUUUCCCCCCUCUCCAUUCCAUGGGUCCUAAUGAUAAUAUUUACAACUGCAUAUCAGUAUUUAUAAGAAAAAAUAAAAUAUCCUCCUAAUUUAUCUAUACUUUUUGUUACUUUACAAAAAGUUACUUUGUUACUUUACACACUUUACAAGUGUGGUUUAAAUCCUGCCAAUUUUUUGACCUGCUUGGAAUGGUCUCGUAAAUACAUUAUAAACUUUUCACAUUCUUUUUUGAAGUUCUUGUCUUCUUGAUUUCUGAGCUUUUCAGUUAAUUUUGACAUUUUGGCAUAGUUCAUCAUCUUGGUUUGCCAUUAUUCUCUGGUCGGGGCUGACUCUUCCUUCCAUCUCUGGGCUAGUAGAAUCCGUACGGCUGUUGUCGUAUACAUAAACAGUCUUUUCUUGUCCUUUGGAAUGUUGGUACCUAUAAUUCCUAAUAAAAAAGCUUCUGUGUUUUUUUUAAACAAAGGUUAUUUUAAACACUUUUUUCACAUUUCAUUAUAUAUCAUUUCCCAGAAAUUUUUAACUACUUUACAAGUCCACCACAUAUGAUAAAAGGGACCUUCUUUUUCUUUACAUUUCCAGCAGGUAUUUGUACCCUUUCUGCACAUUUUUGCUCAUUUAACAGGAGUCAAAUACCACCGGUAUGUCAUUUUCAUAUAGUUUUCUUCCAGUGGACAAAAUGCCAUGAAUUUCAGAUCUGUUUUCCAUAGCCUCUCCCAAUCCAUCAUUUGUAUAUUAUGUCCCAAAGCUUUUGCCCAGUGUAUCAUCACUCAUUUGACCUGUUCGUCUUUUGUAUGGUCAGCAGAGCCACCAGCUUGCGAGGGCGAUGGGAAGACCAACAUCAUGUGUGUGAUGCAACACACGAUGUGGAGUCCCAGCAUCUCAUAUGUGACAUCAGGAUGUUGUGAGGAGCUGGCGGCAUAACCGAACACAGGGGCCGUGCGGCUUCAGUGGUGGGGUUGCCAGCCUUUGUGUCACAUUUGCAGACAUCUUUGUAGUACAGAGUUGGUCUGCCGGCCUGGUACCUGAAGCCACUUGCUCUACAGCUGAUGUUAUAUAUAUGAUGUCAGGUGUUGGGCUAGUAGAAAUCUGGCUCUGUUGAAAGUGCGUUUGCAGGCACCCCUUUGCAAAGUGCCCAUGAGAUAGCUGGUUGUCAGAUCUUGGGAAGCCUCUUUGCGGAGCACUUUGUCAGGCACAUGUGGGCAAAAAGGUCACCUGACAUCACUGACCCACCAAGUUUGAUAGGCAGGUGGUGCCACCCACUGGUCAGGUGAUUGGCUGGUGGGUGGCCCCCACCCAACUGUCAAACAUGGCCUGGAAGGGACGGGGGGAAAUAACACUUUAAAAAAGAGGUCUAAGAUUCCCUUGAUUUCCAUGGACAUAAUUCCUAAUAGGAAGGCCUCCAUUUUUGUGUGUAAAUGAGAGUUUGAGUAUCUUUUUAAGUUCAUUAUAUAGACUGUCCCAAAACCCUCUAAUUCUCUUACACUCCCACCACAUGUGCAUAAAUGUAGUUACCCCAUUUUUACACCUCCAGCAAACCUCUGAACUGUUCUUAAACAUCUUGGCCAGUUUGGCCAGGGUUAGGUACCACCUUUAUAACAUCUUCAUCACAUUUUCUCUAAGAUUGUAACAUGCAGUGAAUCUGAUGUCCUCUUUUCACAGCCUUUCCCAUUCAUUCAUGUAUAUAUUGUGUCCAAUAUCUUGGGCCCAACGUAUCAUGACAUCUUUCACCUCCUCCUCUUUUAGGAGGGAGAUAACAUUUUGACUUGCCACAGUGGUGGCUGCUGCUCAUUGGAACUGGUGGGGCAUGAGAAGGCACAGAGAGCAACAGCAAGUGGAACCAGAGGACAGGUAGAGUCCAUCCUCCUCCCGGCCCAGUUCUGCAAAGGCAACACCAAGACUAAGGGGCAGGGGGAAGUAGAUAAGCAGUGCCACUCUUUAGACCAAUUGUAAAUAAGAAAGCAGGCAUCUACGGGGGGCAACCGAAGUUGAUGGGGUCCUGCUGCAUUCACUGUAAUAGACCAUCCUCCUGUGGCCCAUAGAGCAGAUCCAAAUUCCCCACCCCUGCUCCUUAAGAAUCCCAAGCAAAUCUGGAGUUAAAGGAUAGGCAAGAGGAGCAGCAUUCUCCCACUCCAGCUGACUCUUUCAGCUAUCGCAAAGCUUUGCCUCAUCAGAAGAAAUCCGCAUUGUGUGUGGGAGAAAGGACUAUUGGAUUUGCAUCCAACACCUUGGGUUAUUAUUGCUUUCUCUUUUCCAGCGAGGCUUCUAAAAGCAUCUUUUGAGGAAUUAAGAGGAAAGGAAAACCAGACGCAAGAAACCUGCCAGAGACGGAAAGAAAAGCCAUCAAGUCUGCAGCUGUCAGAACCAAAGCAGUUUCCUCUUAAGGAGCCCAUGGUGAGUGGCUGCCUUUUUCUCAAAGUGAAAGCUUCUCUGCUUCAAAAGUACUGUGGGAAGGUUGAGUUAAAAGCACCACCUUGA